AUGGCUGGGAGGAACCGCACGUUGGUGACAGAGUUCUUCCUCACUGCAUUCACUGAGCACCCAGAGUGGGGGCUCCCUCUCUUCCUGGUGUUCUUGAGUUUCUAUCUCACCACCCUGCUGGGGAACGUGGGAAUGCUCAUCCUGAUCCGCAUGGAUCGCCGCCUCCACACGCCCAUGUACUUCUUCCUCAGCCACCUUUCCUUCGUGGACGUGUGCUACUCCUCGGUCAUCGUCCCCCAGAUGCUAGUGGUGCUGUGGGAACGGGGAGCGGCCAUCUCCCAAGCUCGCUGUGCUGCUCAGUUCUUCCUCUUUACCUUCUUUGGUUCCGUCGACUGCUACCUCCUGGCCCUCAUGGCCUAUGAUCGCUACGUGGCCGUGUGCCAGCCGCUGCUCUACGUCACCAUCAUGACACGGAAGGCCCGUGUGGGCUUGGUAGCUGGGGCUUAUGUGGCAGGUUUCUUCAGUGCCCUGGUGCGGACGGUCUCGGCCUUCACUCUCUCCUUCUGUGGAGACAAUGAGAUCGACUUCAUUUUCUGUGACCUCCCUCCCCUGUUAAAACUCACUUGUGGGGACAGCUACACCCAGGAAGUGGUCAUUAUUGUGUUCGCCAUUUUCGUCCUCCCCGCUUGCAUGGUGGUGAUCCUGGUGUCCUACCUGCUCAUCAUCGUGACCAUCCUGCGGAUCCGCUCUGCGGGGGGCCGGGCCAAGACCUUCUCCACCUGUGCUUCCCACCUCACGGCAGUGUCACUCUUCUUCGGCACCCUCAUCUUCAUGUACCUGGGAGGCAACUCUAGCAGGUCCUCAGAAAGGGAUCGUGUGUUGUCCUUGUUCUACACCGUGGUGACCCCCAUGCUGAAUCCCCUCAUCUACAGCCUGAGGAACAAGGAGGUGAAGGAGGCUGUGAGGAAAUCCCUGAGUCUAUCAAUGAUUCCUGGGAGACCCAAGAUGGACCCUUGGAAAAUAUGCCAUGUCUUGGUUUCCCUAUGCUUUCUGUAA